GCGGCAGGGGGGGGGGAAGCGGGAGGACGCCGGCAUCUCGGUCCGCGCACACGCGCGGGGCAGCGGGCGGCAGGCAUGAGCUACGACCGGGCCAUCACGGUCUUCUCGCCGGACGGGCACCUCUUCCAGGUGGAGUACGCGCAGGAGGCGGUGAAGAAGGGCUCCACGGCGGUUGGAGUAAGAGGGAAGGAUAUUGUUGUUCUUGGUGUGGAAAAGAAGUCUGUGGCAAAACUUCAGGAUGAAAGAACUGUACGAAAGAUCUGUGCUCUUGAUGACAAUGUCUGCAUGGCUUUUGCAGGGCUUACAGCUGAUGCCAGAAUAGUUAUAAAUAGAGCUCGUGUAGAGUGUCAAAGCCAUAGACUUACAGUGGAGGAUCCUGUCACUGUGGAAUACAUCACACGUUACAUUGCUAGUCUGAAACAGAGAUAUACUCAAAGCAAUGGCCGCAGACCUUUUGGUAUCUCUGCUCUUAUUGUGGGAUUUGACUUUGAUGGAACCCCCCGGCUGUAUCAGACUGAUCCAUCUGGUACAUACCAUGCUUGGAAGGCUAAUGCCAUUGGCAGAGGAGCCAAAUCUGUGCGUGAAUUCCUGGAGAAAAACUAUACCGAUGAAGCCAUUGAGACAGAUGACUUAACUAUUAAACUUGUCAUCAAGGCUCUUCUUGAGGUUGUACAGUCUGGUGGGAAAAACAUUGAGCUGGCAGUGAUGAGACGAGAUCAGCCACUGAAGAUUUUAAGUCCUGAAGAAAUUGAGAAGUAUGUUGCUGAAAUUGAAAAAGAAAAGGAAGAAAAUGAAAAGAAAAAACAGAAGAAAACAUCAUGAUGACUGAAAUUCAACUGCUUAGCUGCUUUUUAAUUCAAGUGAUGGGUUAUUCUGUAUAAACAACAUGUAGGCAUUCCAUUUAUUCAUACUGUGCCCCUCUUGAGACAUACAAUAAACCUAUUGUUUUUUUAAA